CUGUGAGCAUGAUCUACAGCCAACUCUUCACUCUAUUUGUUGCCUUGUUAAUAGAAACAGACACCAGUUGAUGGUCGCCUGCUCCUGCUCGUCACACGCCACACAGACAGGACUUGCCCAGAUCCAUUGACUGAACGCGGUAGCGGUCAUUUUCGGUCUCGGUCGGAUGGCAUCUGUCGCUUCCGUGGGAACUCUCUCCAAUAGGAAUCAUACAGCAACAAGCUUGCUCUAAAUGCGGACAUGGGUGUUUCUCCAGACAUGCAUCUCCACGCAUUUUUGUUCCUGGUUUCACAGUUUCGACAGUGAUCGCACCGUGGUCACGCUCACACCGUCAUGUUUUGCUCCUUUUCCACGCCACUCUGAUAACUUUGCGUGUCGAGGGGGAAAAAAGCACUUUUGUGCGGAUUACUGUGCCCGAAUUUGCAGGAAUGGUUCACAGGAGCGUGCUGCGUCCUCCACCGCCUACUCCACCUCCUGCCUUUAGGAAACUACUUCAAACAGCCCUGGCUUUGACCAUGCUUUACACUUUGAUGCUUUUUUAAAAAAACAAACAGAAACAGACAGAUAAUGAGCAACCACAAGGGCGGCGGAAUGGCAUCGAAGGAAAGGCUGUAUGAGCUGUGGAUGUUAUAUUACACAAAGAAAGACGUGGGCUACCUGCAGCAGUGGCUGGAGGCGUUCGUGGCGUCCUUUGAGAGGCUCAUCGAUGUGCAGUCACUGGAACCCCGGAGGCUGGAGGAGUCUAGCUCAGAGGUGCCCUUGCUCCCCAGAGAGGUCCUGGUGUUCCUCAGCACCCAGCCAUGGCACAGUUCGCCACACCUCUCUGGCGCCGGCGAGCAAAACAGCAGCACCCCACACCCACUGCUCCUCAUCAAGUUCUUCAUCAUAGUCUGCAGGAAUAUGGAGAACAUCGACCCAGAGAAGACCCCUGGUUUUGUUUUUGAAGCUAUCAGACUUUUGAAUUUCUGUUUGGAACAGCUAAAAAUUGGACAAGGGGAUCAGUCUUCUCUGCAGUUGCUUGUGCAGUAUGGACUCGUGCUGUGUGAGAGUCUGUUUGACCCUUAUCAGACAUGGAGGAGACGCCUGGCAGGGGAGGAGGUGAGCUUGCUGGAGAGGAACAAGUAUAAGUUCUCCCCGCUGGCCUUGCCAGAGGAGCUGCCUGCUCUCUUCCAUGAAAGUCUACUUGAAAGCGAACGGAUCCCAGAGUUCCUCACACUCAGAUUGGUUCAUCUCCAGGGUGCUGUCAUCAGUGGAGGAAAGAAGAAUGGCCUUCUCUCCAUCACCCCUCACUCUGUUGAGGACCUGUUCUCUGUUUUGCGAGCGUGGUGCUGCCGGACCUCCCCUGAACCCAAGGACAUGGCGCUCCCGCGACUGACCUUGCAGUGCCUGACGGCGAUGAUCCACCUCCUGCACUCCAGCAGUCCUGCGGAGCGGCAGGUUGAGAUCCGGACGAUACUGGAGAGCUAUUUCCAGCUCCUCAACUGGAACCGCCCGCUCACCAGCGAGCAGCAAGACAGACAGAGCUGGGAAGACAGUCUGAUCUCGCUCCAGAGCCAAAUGCUAACUGCUGUUCCUGAGAUCCUGCAGUGCUCUGACAGACCAGUCCUGCAGGCUGUCUUCCUCAACAACAACUGCUUUGAACACAUCCUCAGGCUCAUUCAGAACAGCAAGCUCUUUCAGAGCAACAGGCGUAGGCCGGAUCAUGAGGUUGUGUGUGACUUCACCACACAUUUACUCACAGAGGUCGGAGUGGACCAGGUUUGGGAGAAAGGAUCAGACAGUAUUACAGUUCAUGCUUUAGGAGUCCUCACAGCUAUAAUGAGUAACUCACCCUCUGCAAAGGAGGUUUUCAAGGAGAGGAUUGGCUACUCCCAGCUGUUUGAUGUGCUGAAGAGUCAAGGUCAACCCACCAAAAGGCUGCUGCAGGAGCUGAUGAACAUGGCGGUGGAGGGUGAGCAUGCCCACGCUCAUCACCUUGGCAUUAGUAACGACCAGCCCUUGCUGCUGCUCCUGCAGUGGCUCCCUGACCUGUCGGGUCAGAGGGACCUUCAGCUGCUGGUGGCACAGUGGCUGGCAACCGUCUGUCGCGGCUCCUUGUCCUGUCGCACCGUAGCUGUGGAGGCAGGCAUGGUGGGGGCUCUGCUGCAGGUGCUCUCCCAGCCCCAGAGUCUGGACAGGCAAUGUGCAGAUGCUCUCCUGGGUCUCCUGCAGCACCUGGGCUCCCUGUGUCUGAAACCAGAGGAGCUGAAGAGUCUGCUCAGACUGCUCAGGGUGGAUCAGGAAAAUGGCGCAGUGCUGGGCAGGGCGCACCCCUACUGCACUCGGAUCAUCCGAGUGCUCUCGGCCAUGGCAGCCAGAGAAGGCCAGGACAGUGCCUUGCAGUACUUUGAUCUCACGCCCCCUAUGGCAGGUAUUAUGGUGCCCACAGUCCAACGCUGGCCAGGCAGCGGGUUUGCCUUUCACGCUUGGCUCUGCCUCAACAUGGAGUUCCCCUCCUAUCACCAACAGUUUUUCAACAACCGCAGACCUCGUGCCAACUCCGGCACAGGGGCUCAGCAUGAUAUUGGAAAAGGGCCACGCAGGAAGCAGCUGUACAGUUUCUUCACAGCUAGUGGAACUGGGCUUGAAGCCUUCUUCACCAUGGAGGGUGUGCUGGUAGUGGCUGUUUGCACUAAGAAAGACUACAUGGCUGUCGCUCUGCCAGAGCACCCGCUAGCUGACUCACGCUGGCAUUCAGUGGCCAUAGUCCACAUCCCAGGCCGCCGUCCUUUUGGUCAGAACCUGGUCACCAUCUACAUUGAUGGAGAGCAGCGUAAAACUGCUCAGCUUCGCUUUCCGUCCCUCAGUGAGCCUUUUACCUCCUGCUGCAUUGGCUCUGCAGGCCACCGGACCACUACCACCACCACCUCCCCCAACCUCCCCAUGACCUCGUGCACCAGCCCAUCCCCCGAGUUUGCCUUCCCUUCCCAUGCCCCCUCCCUCAUCCGUUCCCAGUCUUUCCCAGCCUCCUUUGCAGGAGGCCACUGGGGUUCUGCAGGUGACUCCCCUGUGCACACCAUCCCAGCGGGACUGCAGGACACAGAGUGGGGAACACCCACAUCUUUGGAUGGUCUCCUGGGCACCGCCUUCAUCUGCCACGAGGCUCUGCAGCAGACCCAGACGAGAGCUCUGUUUGCUGCAGGCCCCAAUCACGUGUCCUUAUUCAAAGCGGAUGGAGAGAUAUCUGAUCUGAACAGCAAGCUUCUGCUCUACUACACUCCACAGGCCUUCAAGAACCAGAUAUGUCUGGACCUGUCUCCCAAUCACCAAUAUGACGGCAGGCUGACAGGUCACAGGGUAGUGAAUUGGGACAUCAAGGAUGUUGUGAAUGUGGUCGGAGGUAUUGGGGUUUUGCUGCCUCUGCUUGAGCAGGUGUCUGAGGCUGAGCAGGUUUACAACGGCGGUCAGGAAAUCUCAGACUUGCUUGGGCCAGAGCUGACCUCGUCCGGAGGCCCCGCUGCCAUGCUGCUGCCGCUGAACAAAUCCACAGAGGGCAGACUAGAGAGAAACAGCAUCGCUGCUUUCCUGCUGAUGGUGAAAAACCUGAUUCGCCAUCACCCUGUCAAUCAGGAGAGCCUGUUGCACUGCCAUGGGCCGAGCAUCAUAGGAGCCAUGCUCAGCAAAGUUCCAGGCAGCAUGAUGGAUAUGAACGUUUUAAUGGCAUGUCAGCUGCUGCUUGAGCAGGUUUUCAAUGAGGGCAACAGCCCACUCCUACAGCAACUCUACCAGCACCUGCUCUUUGAUUUCCGCAUCUGGACUAAAAGCCAUUUCGCUGUUUGUCUGGCCCACGUGCAGUACCUGUCGUCUGUGAUCAACAAAGGCAAGCAGCGCAUGAAGAGGAAGUACGGGGUUCAGUACAUUCUGGAUACCAUUCGGACGUUCUACAGUGGGGAGAAAGAUGGCAGCUCUCUGUCUGAUGAGAAGCAAACAAUCCAGACCUCUCUGUUCGCCCUGCUGCAAGACUUCCUCAAGUCUCCGACAUCAGAGGAGCUUCACAGUGUCCUCGCCUACAUUCUGACUGUAGGAGAGGAGCAGCAGGUGGUGAGGGCCUUGGACGUGCUGUAUGAGCUGUUGAGGAGCAGCCCUCCUCGUGAGCAUGUGCAGGCCGUGCUGCUGGAGUGGGGCGUGGAGCAACUCUACUGUUUGCUGCUCACUCCAAGAUUCGGAGACGAGGCCAGAGAGAGGGUGUUCAGGGUUUUAUACAAAAUCCUCAAGAGCGAGCGAGUGUCUGAGCGCAACAAGCAGCGCAUUAAGCUCAAGGAUUUCGGUUACCUUGGCCUGGUUUGUUUCCUUGAAGACAUUCCCGUCACCAUGAACACCGUGCGCUGUCUGUAUGAGCAGGUCCUUGCUACAGAUGCCAGCCCUAACUUCAGAGACCUCCUUGCUGUGGUCUGUCUGUCCCAUCGAGCUGAGCUCACCGUCCGCUUGGACAUCUGUCGCAAGCUCUUUCAUCUGAUCUACUCCAAUGAGGAUUAUGUGAAGCAGCUCGCUAAGCAGCCCGGCUGGCAGGAUGUUCUCACCAAACUCUAUGUGAAAGAGUCCUACGAGUCCCACACCGCCAGCAUCGCAGACUCCGGCACCCGUGGCUCCUUUGAACCAAACUAUCGGCCGACGCUGCGCAGGGAUCAGUCUCUGGUCAUAGAGGACACCCGCCCUGCCAUCUUCCUGAGCUACCGCACCUCGCAGGACAUCGAGGAUGAGGAGGAGGAGGAUGAAGGUGGCCAGCGGGACAUCUCUGAGGGAUUCUCUGAUUUAUCCCAGUCGCCUUCAAGUGGAGGAGGAGGCCCGCUGAAAAACUUCACCAGCUCCCUCCAUUUUAAGUCGUUUGAUUCGGUGGACCAGGGCAGCCACUCAUCCUCCAUCUCCAAUGCAGUUGAUAUCACCUCGUCUUGCCCCAAUGAAGAGGGGAGAGAGUACCAGCCCCUCUCUCCCUUUGGUACAUCACCCUUAGAUCUGGAGCUAGGAGGCAUGGGAGACACAGGCGCGCACACUCCUGCAGGUAGUCUGACAAACACACCGUCUCCUCUGGAGCACUGCAAACCAUUUCCACCGCUCAGACCCAGGAAGAGCUCCAGUCUGUCCAACGUGCUGGAUGAUACAAGCUAUGGGACAGACCCUCCGACUGGAGACACGAUCUCCAAUACGUCCAACCCGCAGCAGACCCCUGAGGAGGAGCUGUGCAACCUCCUCACCAACAUCGUCUUCUCUGUGCUGUGGAUCGGCAGUGGGGCGGAGGGACCGGAGGAUGUGGUGUGGAGGGAGAGAGGACAGGUCUUCUCUGUUCUCACCAAACUGGGCUCAUCCUGCCAGCUGGUCCGCCCUCCCGAUGACAUCAAACGCAGUUUGCUGGAGAUGAUGCUGGAGUCGUCUCUGUCAGACCUGAGGGACGCCCAGGGAGUGUCGCUGCCUUUCUGUCCCAGUCUGGUGCGGCUCCUCCGGCUGCUGCAGGACUUCCUAUUUGCUGAGGGUACAGACAACCACACGCUGUGGAGUGAAAAGAUAUUUGAGGGGGUGGUGAACCUGCUGGACAGGUUGCAGGCAUGGCACAGCACCCCUGGCAGCCCCGGGAACACCGAACUGAAGGAAAUGGCUCAGAUCGGCCUACGUAUCAUCACCGGAUAUAUCCAACAGCCACACUCGCAGGUGUGUGUGAUGGCCUAUGUGAAGCUCCACAGCCUGCUCCAGACUGUGCUGUGUCUGAGCUGGGAGGAGGUGUGCUUCCUACUGGGGCAGCUGGGCGCCCCCCUGUGGCCAGGAGGUGUAAUGGACAGCACCAACUGUGGACACCCAGAGACUUUCUCCCAGCUGGUGCCCAUUGUGCGAACCCUGCUCGACCAGCAUGCCAACCCCAUCACCCUCCAGAACCUGCUGCCCAACCUGCCCAUCACCAACGGCAGCACCACCUUCGCCCAGGACCUGAAGGUUUACUGUCUCACGCUGGAGUGGCAGGGGUUUUACCAGCAGCAGGUCCAGCCCACCAUGGAGCAGUACGAGCUGGACACAUUUGGGAGGAGCCACGACAUCAUGUCCAAUUUCUGGAACUCCUGCUUCGAUGACCUGAUGAGCACGGCCUUUAAGCGGGACAAAGACAGAUCUGACAGCAAAUCCAAGUUUCAGGAAGUGAUCGUGGACCCCUACCUGAAGCGAGUCAGAAGUGAAAACAACAGGUACCUCAUUUGGCAGAAGCAGAGCUCCAGCCAGCAGGGGGUGGUGUGGCAGCACUGGAGAGCUCUCCGCAGGCUUUUGACCAGUGAGAGAGGAGCAUGGGCCAACAGAGUUCAACCAGAGGUGAAAUGGAAAUUGUCCAAUGCAGAGACCUAUUCAAAGAUGCGUCUCAAACUUGUACCCAACUACAACUAUGACACUCACAGUGAGGCCAGUGCGCUGAGGGACAACAUGGGAGCUGAUAGCCCUCGUAGCUCUGAACCUCUCCCACUGGCUGUUGCAAAGGAAGCAAAAGUGAGCGACAUGGAGGAUGAUCAGUUAGGAGAAGAGGACCUCGUCUUUUUGGAUAAUAAGGUGGAGGGAGAAGAUGAGAGCCAGAAAGAAAAACUGGUUCUGUCGGAAGACUGUGAGCUCAUCACCAUUGUGGCGGUCGUUCCUGGUCGUCUGGAGGUCACCACACACCAUCUUUACUUCUAUGAUGGCAGCAGUGAGAAAGAGGAGACGGAGGAAGGAAUCGGGUUCGAUUUCAAGAGGCCUCUGUCUCAGCUCAGAGAAGUCCAUCUGAGGCGCUACAACCUGCGCCGCUCUGCACUGGAGCUGUUCUUCAUAGAUCAGGCUCACUACUUCAUCAACUUCAGGAAGAAGGUACGAAACAAAGUAUAUUCGAGGAUCCUGGGGCUGCGGCCUCCCAACCUGUUUUACUUCGGCUCCCGCUCCCCCCAAGAGCUGCUGAAGGCAUCUGGGCUCACACAGAAAUGGGUAUACAGAGAAAUCUCCAAUUUUGAGUAUUUGAUGCAACUGAACACCAUUGCUGGACGCACUUACAACGACCUGUCGCAGUACCCUGUGUUCCCCUGGGUCUUGUGUGACUACACCUCUUCUGUUCUGGAUCUCGAGGACCCAUCGGUUUUCAGGGACUUGUCUAAACCCAUAGGUGUGGUCAACCCACGCCAUGCACAGAAUGUCAGAGAAAAGUAUGAGAGCUUUGAAGACUCAACAGGCACCAUUGACAAAUUCCACUAUGGGACACACUACUCAAAUGCAGCAGGAGUCAUGCACUACAUGAUCCGCAUGGAGCCAUUCACCACCCUGCAUAUCCAGCUGCAGAGUGGCAGGUUCGACUGUGCAGACAGACAGUUCCACUCAGUGGCAGCCGCCUGGCAAGCUCGCAUGGAGAGUCCCGCUGACGUCAAAGAGCUCAUCCCGGAGUUCUUCUACUUCUCAGAAUUCCUGCAGAACAUGAACGGAUUUGACCUGGGACAUUUGCAGAUAUCUCAGGACUCCGUGACGGAUGUUCUGCUGCCUCGCUGGGCCACAUCAAGAGAAGACUUCAUCAGGAAACACAGGAAAGCCCUGGAAUGUGAGCAUGUGUCCAGUCACCUCCAUGAGUGGAUUGACUUGAUCUUUGGCUGCAAGCAGAGAGGUGAAGAGGCAGUGAAUGCACUCAAUGUCUUCUACUACUGCACUUAUGAAGGUGCAGUAGAUCUGGAUGCAAUUGCCAACGAGAACGAGCGCAAGGCCCUGGAAGGCAUCAUCAGCAACUUCGGACAGACACCCUGUCAGCUCCUUAAGGAGCCUCAUCCUCCUCGUAUGUCAGCUGAGAACGCAGCCAGGCGGCAGGCCCGCCUGGACACUAUGCCCCCAAAUAUCUUUGAGGAGCUCAAGAAACUGCGGUCAUUUGUCGAGGUGGUGAGUGACGGCGUUCCUCUGGUCCAGGCAGUGGUACCAAAGAGCCAGAAUCGCUCCUUCAUCAUCCAAGGCUCAGACAUAAUGGUGACUGUGAGUUCAAACGGGUUGAUAGGAACGCAUAGCUGGCUGCCGUAUGAUAAAAACAUCGCCAACUACUUCACCUUCACUAAGGACCCCACGAUCACUAAUCCCAAAACACAGCGUUUCUUGAGUGGGCCUUUCUCUCCCGGGGUGGAGAUCAGCGCUCAGGUGCUGGUGGUGUCCAACGACGGACGUCUGCUGUUCAGCGGAGGACACUGGGACUGCAGUCUCCGCGUCACCCAACUGGGCAAGGGCAAGCUGGUUGGCAGGAUCUGCCGGCACAUUGACGUCAUUACUUGCUUGGCUCUGGAUCUCUGUGGCAUCUACCUCAUCUCUGGUUCAAGGGACACAUCCUGUAUAGUGUGGCAGGUCCUACAGCAGGGUGGCUUCUCCAGCGGCCUGUCUCCUCGGCCGGUGCAGGUACUCUGUGGACAUGACCAGGAGGUCACCUGUGUGGCCAUCAGCACUGAACUGGACAUGGCUCUCUCAGGGUCAAAGGACGGGACUGUAAUAGUGCACACUGUCCGACGAGGCCAGUUCCUGCGAACCCUGCGACCUCCCGGUAAUAGCUGUGUACCCGCCCAAAUCUCUGAGCUCCAGGUGGGCAUGGAAGGCCACAUUGUGGUACAGACCUCGCUGGAGGAACGCUCCAACAGGAAGGGCAAGUACUCCAUUUAUGUUUACUCGGUAAACGGCUGCCUGCUGUCCUCCUUCAGCAUGGAGGAGCAGGUGACUGCUCUCCACCUGGUGUCUGAAUAUGUCAUCCUGGGCACCAUGCAGGGCAGCCUCCACAUACGAGAUUUAUACAGUCUGGAUGCCUCAGUAGCUCCCCUGGCCUUGAUGGUUCCUGUGAGGAGUGUGUCUGUCACCAAAGAGUGCAACCACAUCCUCGUUGGACUAGAGGACGGGAAGUUAAUUGUGGUGGGGGCAGGGAAGCCAGAGGAGGUUCGCUCAGGACAAUUCUCCCGUCGCCUGUGGGGCUCCACACGCCGCAUUUCUCAGGUGUCGUCAGGUGAAACUGAGUACAUUCCCACUGAGAAGGCUGGGAAAUGAGAUGGAACUCUGAAGGUUGAAAUACCUGCACCGUCAAGAUGCCCACCGGAACUCGACAAGGCCUUCCAUCCUUUACAAGCUGGGAAACUAUCCUCCUCAGCCACUGAUCUCUCUGAGAGAGCAACUGUACACUGAGCACUUUUUUAUUCUGAGAUGAUUUGAUAUUUUAUUGCGUAUUUCAUUGACAGUUGUGUACUGUUUUUAAUCAGCAUCAUUCCAAAGAGUGGCCUUGUUUUGUGGAUGGCAAAGAGCUUGGUGUUUACGGUUGUGAACUGUUGUCAGACUCUGUGUACACCGAGUCAUAUUUCAGGGGAAUGACUCACUCUGAUGCACAUUCAGCCUCAGACACAGAGAAAAGUAUUGCUGCGAACUCCCUGGGCUCCGUGUUCUUGGCUGCGAUCUCUGUGCUGUGCAAGGGCACCUUCUUAGAACUCCUGGAAACUUGAAAAUCCACUGCAGGCGUUGCUCGAGAUUUCCAUAUUGCAAUACUGGUGAAUACCACAAGAGGGUUUGCUUUGUAAAGACAGACACAAGGGGGGGGGGGGGGGG